AUCGAGAGAGAAUCGUAUUUAAGGGAGAAUCGCAAAGCCUCUGGGCGCUGACGUCACCCGGAAACGGCGGGAACAACAACAGCGAGCUUACGUGGGCACUCGGUGCCGCAACUGCCAUGAAUCCUGUGGUGCUGAGCUACAACAAUUGCCUGCUUCGUCGUGCCGAUGUGGCGCUGCUGGAACCACCGAACUGGUUUAACGAUCAGGUGAUGGCGUUCGCCUUCGAGUAUAUGGAGCUGGAGGAAUUUGUAGGGAUGCCCAAUAACCAGAAGUUGUGCUUCAUCGGGCCCGAGGUGUCGCAUUUCAUAAAGUUUUCACCAGACGAAGAAAUUGGAGUCGUGCUUGGACCGCUGGACCUGCAACAGAAAGACUUUGUGUUCCUGGCCAUCAACGACCAUGCGUCGCCCAAUACUAGCGGGGGCACACACUGGACUUUGCUUUAUGACAGGGCGACCGAUACGUUCCGGCACUACGACUCAAGCCAAGGAAGUUGCAACAGCACGCAGGCACUUCACACUGCACGGAGGCUGAAGUUAUUCCUGGGCAGGGAUGAGUCUUUAAACCCGAUCUUCAGCGAAAAAGUUGAGACUCCGCAGCAAGAGAAUGCGUACGACUGUGGCGUGUAUGUGCUGUGCCAUGCAAGACUUCUGGCAAGAGAGUUCAUGUUGGGGAGAGUGGGCCCAACCUUGAAUGAGAUAAUUACUCCGUCUUAUGUGACUCAGCAGAGGAGAGAGUUGCGGCAACUCAUUGACAAGCUAGCUAAGCAAAACCACAUAGCAAGCAACUGAGCAGACACUUGAAUAAAACAAAACGGCCUGAACAAAACUAAUCUGUCAGGUCUCUGAAGCUGAGCGAGGUUGGGCCUGGUUAUUGCUCGAAUGGGGGACCGCUUAGGAUUAUCGGGUGUUGUAGGCUUGAGUUGAGAUGGAAUUUGGAGAUAAAGUACAGGAAUGAAUUAUUUAAUAUAUGGGCUGAGCUUUGAGUGUUACCCUUCACAUUUGUGGGUUUUCUCCAGAUACUGUUUUCUCCCACAUGGAAAACAAAUGAAUAAAAACAUGUCUUGAUGCUUAUUGAGUUUUUUUCCUGGGUAAAUUGCAUUGCAAUAAAUCCAGUAAUUUCACCAAUAGGUAAUCCACAAAUACUGUACUUUGUGGAUUGGCGGUUUGUGACUGCUGUAACCCUCGGCACACUUACAGAUUGAAAACGCUUUGUGGUCUGGAUCCACAAGUGGACUGGGCUAACGUGGCAUUACAUAUAAAGUGAGGGAAGGUUUUACAAAUGUAUUUGCAAUUUCAAUCUUUUUUCUUUGCAUGUCAAGCAAAAAAAACAUUGUAGAUUUGAACCGUUUUGAGUAUUUGACAACUUGUAACCUCGUGCGAAUUUAUUGUGGAUAAUUUUUUUAGAGUCCUAUAAUCCACGUGCGACUGAAAUGAUUGUGUGGCUGAUUUCUUGUAUAAUCUGCCGUUCGCAUCCUACGCAAAUUAUUUCCGUGGAUAAGGAACUAAACUCCAGUGUGCCACGGAUUGCAGUAUCUGUCGUAUGGUCCCCCUAUAUCACCAUGGAUUAUUUCAUUUACACAGCACUUGUAUGAUUAAACAUACUUUUAAAAUGGCACAUCUAAAUUCUUUAUAAAGAUGUAGUCCAUAUAACGACUUUACAUGCCUGUCCCUAGCAUUUGGUCCUGCACUUUGGCAGUUGUGUGUAAGAGGAUGAAGCUUACAAAGAGCUGAUGCAUAUUUGUGAAUUGAAGUUCAAUAAAAUCAAGUAAUUUA